CAGGCAGCUCUGUCAGUUCGAACGAGGUUUCCCACGGACUCUUUAAAAUCUGUCAGAGGCUGCUUAGACUUCCAAAAUGGCCGACAAUCAGCGUGAGACUUCACCAUCCGCACCUCCAACCACCAAUACUGACAGGAAAGAGCGAGAAUCGUCCAGGGACGAAGACCGCAGAAGAAGCAGGUCUCCUCGACGGGAUAGAGACAGGCGUGAGGAUCGACCGCGGCGCAAAGACACCGGCUUUAGAUGGAAGGAGAAACGUCGAGACGAUGAUGACUCGAGGCGAGACCGCGACUCGGGACUGCAGCGAGGCUACAGAGACCAUUAUCGACCUCGCUCAAGAUCCAGAACUCCACCUUCCCGAAGACGCUCUCCCAGAAGAGACGACAGAGAUCGCGACAGGCGACGAGAUCGGGAGGAGCCAGAACCCCGCGAAGAAAAGAAAAAGGACAAGCUGGACAAGAAAGAGAAGAAGCCGGCGCCGGCAGUGCCAGCGCAGCCGAUGAUCAUUGUUUACGUCAAUGACAGACUGGGCACGAAAAAGGCUAUCCCAUGCUAUCCCACAGAUCCAAUAAAGGACUUCAAAGUUAUAGUUGCCUCGAUGAUCGGCAGACAACCUCAUGAGAUCCUACUCAAGAGGCAGGGCGAAAGACCAUUCAAGGAUCAACUAACUCUCCAAGACUACGGUGUGAGCAACAAUGUCCAGUUGGAUCUCGAGGUUGACACGGGAGAUUGAUGGGGGAUGUCUGUGGCUGUGUGGUAAAGGGACUCGGCGUUGAGUGGCAGUGAUAAGCUUACAAAAAGUACGGGCACACGGGCUGGGAAAUGCGAUUGCUCCCACACAUCAAUCCAUGGAGUGCAAAAUGCAAACUAGAUAGGUCUUGUCAGGACCUUGCUGUGAGACAGGCCAGCUGCAGCGAGCAGUUGCUGUUCUCUACGAAAUACACGCAAAUGACAUGACGACAUUAGACCUCGGCCAUACCGGUGGAUCCAAGGCGGAAGGUGGGGCGAGACAAAAAGUUUCGUGGGGAGAGCAAACCACCAACUGCGCUUUGCUAGAUUUCGAACUUUUCUAUCAG